AGGUGAAAGGUCACGCUGCUAUUUGGCGGCCAUUUCUCUGGAAGCUCAGCGACUGUGUCCGUGCUGUGGCUGCUCCAGUCACGAGGGUCGGACGACAGCUGGGUCGGCGGCGAGUAGCCUGCAGCAUUUGCCCACUACUGCAGCAGUAGUCGCGAUGAGUUUGCCCCUCAAUCCCAAACCUUUCCUCAAUGGAUUAACAGGAAAGCCAGUAAUGGUGAAGCUUAAGUGGGGAAUGGAGUACAAAGGCUACCUGGUGUCUGUAGAUGGCUAUAUGAACAUGCAGCUUGCAAACACAGAAGAAUACAUAGAUGGAGCAUUAUCUGGACAUCUGGGUGAAGUUUUAAUAAGGUGUAAUAAUGUCCUUUAUAUCAGGGGUGUUGAAGAAGAAGAAGAAGAUGGGGAAAUGAGAGAAUAGCAUCUUUUGGGGGGAAUUUUUUUAUAUAGAUUUGUAGACAAUAAAGAUUUGUUUGUUUUUCAA